AUGCGCGCGCUGCCCGACGGCGACGCGAGCCGCAUGGCCGUCUUGAUCUUUUCAGAAACGGCGUUCGCUAAGCGCGCUGCCUCCGGCGCUGAUUCCUUCUGGAGGUUCGCAGAAAAGGCGCGCCGCUUGACCGGCGCGGCGAAUUCGUUCGCCAAGCUCGAACCGCAGGCGAAGCUGGAGGCCGCGAUCAAGACCUACGGCCUCGCCUUCAAAGGCAAAGCGCUCACCGCUGCAAGCGCGACGGCGCUGAAAGGUCUGCAGCCUUUCGCCCUCGACGACGCCCGCGGAUCGGCGUUCGCGCUGGCCGAAGGCGUCUCUGACGCCCAGGCAAAGGGGCACUUCGUCUUCAUCGUGGACAGCCUGCGCAUGGCCCGCCUGACGGGCGAGAUUCCGAAGGGCGAGAAACUCUCCGCGAGCCGAGUCGUCGGGCGCGGGAGGGGGGCGCCAGCGAUGACCCACGCGUUCUUCAGGAAAAAAGAGCUUGUCGAGUGCAUCUUCCACGCGGCGUUUCUCAUUGACGAGGCUAUGCACAGAGACAUGGCCAUAUUUGAGACGCCUUUCAACAUCGCGCAGAAGUUCGCUACCUCUGGUGCGAAUGGGCUCGCGGCUUCGCACCGGAUGUCCGAGUCGGGCGGCCCCGACGGGAUGGGCGCGCUGUUUUCGCUCAAAGUGGCUGAGCAUCGGGGCGGGGUGGACCCCAAGGCGAAGGCGAUGAUCGACGUCGCGUGGCCUGUGUGGGCCGGCGCUUUCGAUGACGAGGUUGCCGAACUCACCUUGCAGGAGAUCCACGGCGGCUCUGCAGGGUUCCUCUGGCACACGUACCUCAACGAGACCAGCCAGCAGGUGGGCGCCAAUUACCGCGCCUUCGUGGCCGCGCGCGCCGGUGGGCCGACCCCAGCCGCCCCCAACCUUGACCAACAUCUCGGUAUGUUGGGGGUCUCCGAGCUCGGGGGCGAGCAAAAGGAAGAGUUUCAUAAGCUCCAGGGGCAGCUCAAGCAGCUCCGCGGGAAAACCGUCAAGUUCGCCACCUUGCCUGUUGUCGGCGCUGCCUCUGGCGCGGAGUUUGCCGCGGCGCAGAUGCAGCGCGCGCGGCGAGGCGGCGAGGCGAGGCUGAGCGAGCCGAUGCUCUCCGACGAAGCCAAGUUCAAGCGCGUCCUUGAGAUCUUCGCUGCGACAAAAGGGGGGAAGGUCGACGCCCUCAUCCUCUUCGACGGCAGGGGCAGGACGGAUGGCCCGCGGGCCGCGGCCAGGGCGUCGAGCUACACCAUCAACAACAAGGAGAUGGCGCAUUUCUCGCUGCCACUGAAGGGCUCGCGGAAAGUGGCGCACCGUUCGGUUUUCAGUUCGCGCGGCGAGACCUCGAGCGCAGCCGCGGCGUGCACUGGCAUCUCCGCGCGGCGCUUCUCGGAGCUCCCCCGCAUGUGCCACGACGCCAAGGCGAGCGCCCUUGGGGCUGCAUCUUGCGCCGCGCAUGAUAGCAAGCACGUGCGCCUGCAGGGUGGCGCCGACGAGAAGGGCCACUCGUUCUCGCACAACGAGGUGAAGCCUAUCUCCUUCUGGCAGACGAUCAUGGAGCACCGCGAAGUGACCCGCGUCGUGGAGUUCACUCCAGGCUCUGGCGCCUCGGCUGCCGCUGCCUCUGUCGCGGUGGAGUGCGAGGGCAUCGCUGGCAACGCAGCGCGCGGGGACUGGCUCAACUCCAUCGUGGACAGGCGCGCCAUGCACAGGGCGGGCCACGAGGACGGGCGCGCGGAGCAAUUGGGCGGCGACGCGGACAUCGUCGAGAAAGCCGGCAAGUUCUUCGGCGGCGCCACGAUGGAGGCGCGCCGGUCGUUGAUGCCAGCCGCCGAGGGCGGCGACGACGCGGGGGGGGGGCGAGGCUGA